GUUUUCGUUCAAUAUUCACGUUUUGCACUCAGGAGAAUCUAUUUUCUACACGUAUCCAGAGACCAUCUCGAAGAAAAGCCCCAAUGAAGUUGUAUUCUUUUUAGUACAUUUUUUAUUUAACCAUGUUCCUGAUACAGCAAAGCAUUUGCACAUUUUUUGUGACGGUGCCGGUGGGCAAAACAAAAAUUUUAUUGUAUUCAGGUUCAUGCAUUAUGUAGUACAUGACAUAAAAAAACUAAGCAGCAUUAAAAUAACUUUUCCGGAAAGGGGGCAUUCAUAUUUGGAAUGCGACAAAAAUAUGGGCAACAUAAAUUUAAAAACGAAAAUUGAAACUCCAGAUGAUUGGUUUGAACUGUUAAGGGUAUCACGCACCAAACCGUCGUCAUUCGUUAUCGAAGAAGUCACUCAAAAUAUGGUAAUGGGCUGGACUUCGUUUUUACAGAACCUGUAUGUGAAGAAAUGUCCAUUUCCUGUACAAAAAACCAAAGAAGUGUUCUGUACAAUCGAUCAUUGUCGAUUUAUACUUAACAGAGAUACAUACAAUGGUUCUUGGAAAAAAAGUGUAAUAAAGGGAAAAAUUCAGAUGGAAGCAGCCACUUUACUGCCAAAUGAAUUCAAAUUACCAGAUAAACUAUACAAUGAUCUUAUUCCAGUAAAUAAAGAUAAGUUUAAGGAUUUAAUGGUGCUGAAGCAAUUCUGUGGCCCAGUUGCUGUCAAGUUUUUUACCGAUCUACCGCAUGAAUAGGGGACAUUCCUCGUUUUUUUCACAUUUGUAAUACCUUCGAAUUAGUUUUAUUUUAUUAUCAGAUACACUGACGAAAAAUAUUUGUAUUUACAUGUUGAGACAUACAAUAAACAUAUAGUAAGAUUUAUUUAAA